GAAAUAGCCACAAAGGCUGGUGGAACGGAGUAGUUUUGAGUGCAGACGAGGUGAUUCACCUCCAUCACGCAGACGGGCUUUUAAGCUAAACAAGACCGGCUUUUUCCACUUACUCCARAUGUUUUUCUAGCGUUAAGCAUGACGGAGAUGUUCCCAACUAUGUACGGGCAAAACGAAGCUCAGGGACCGCCCGGGUCUUUGUCUUUGGGUUUCGGACCGGGGAAACUCCCGCUACCUUUACCGCAAAAUCAAGUCUCCAUGGCGGGGCAGAUGCCACCACAGCUCGGGGAUGAGGGGCCUGCUAUGCGGAAACCAGGAGCCAUGAAUGAACCUUUCUAUUUACUGCGAGAACUUCCCGUUGGAAAUGAACUGACAGGAAACACCAACCUCAUCACACAUUACAACCUGGAACACGCCUACAACAAAUUCUGUGGGAAGAAAGUGAAGGAGAAGCUCAGCAACUUCCUGCCAGAGUUACCAGGUAUGAUCGAUUGUCCCGGCACUCAGGACGGCAGCUCGUUACGCUCUCUGAUCGACAAGCCUCCGGUGUGCGGGAACUCGUUCAGCCCGCUGACCGGUGCUCUGCUCACAGGCUUCAGGCUACACACAGGACCACUUCCAGAACAGUACAGACUGAUGCACAUCCAGCCUCCGAAGAAGAAGAGCAAACACAAACACAAGCAUCAUCGACCACAAGACCCACUACCACAGGAAACCCCAUCGGAUUCUGAUCCCAAGAAAAAGAAGAAAAAGAGGGACGACGAUCCCGACCGCAAGAAAAAGAAGAAAGACAAGAAGAAAAAGAAGAACCGCCACAGUCCCGACCACCCAGGCCUCGCUGGAUCACAGCCCAACAGCAACAGCCUCAGAUAGACAGAAACCCACUGUGUGUGCUUGCUUUUUGUAAGAGGAUGUGUGUUUUAUAGACCAAUGUAUUAAGUGUUAUGAGAGGAACAAAUGGCUGGUGUGUGUGUGUGUGUGUGUGUGUUGGAGGUGAAGAUGUUACAGAGGAACAGGAUGAGUCGUCGCCGUAUGUCUUUCCUUUUUGUUGAUACCUUUUGAUCGAAGCCAAAAUCAAAUAAAACUUUGAUUAUCUUUG